AUGGAGGAAAAAGCUAGCGGAAACCGGGUAAACGUAAAAUUCCCGAAAGUGUUAAUCAAAAAUAAACAACUACCCAAAGCAACAGAGUAUAAUCACUUGUUCAAAAGAGAGAUCCAAGAAGUGGCAAAAAGCGUGCAAAUACAUGGAUAUAUAAUGGCUAGUACGUCUAAUGAGGAAGAUAAGUUGAUAACAACGGCGGACAAGUAUUUUAUAGAGCAAAGGAACAUUGUCUUACAAGAGAUCGAUGAGACCAUGAGUUCGAUCUUAAAUGGCUUGAAUGUACUGAAUAUAUCAUUAGAGAGUUCAAUAGCCGUGGGGAGAGAAUUUCAGUCUGUUUCGGAUUUGUGGAAAACAUUCUAUGAUGGCUUGGAAAGUAUACCUGAUGAAGUGCCCAUUGAUGAGCAAACGACACUAUCUCAAGCCAAACCAACGACGAAAUGA